CUCACUCCUCGCAAAGAAGUGAAUGAUUAUAGCAAUUUCUCAGCAUUUUCUUUGCUAAAUGUAAAGGAGGAUUCGUGGGAUUAAAUUUGCAGAUCAUAAAAAAAAAAAAAGAAGCGUUUUUGAUGGAUUUUCGUAACAAAAUUCUCUCCCCAAGUUCGUGCAUUGGUGAUGCAAAUCACUUCCUCUCUGGUUCUGAAAGAAAAAAGUGUAGCAAAAAGGAACUUGUCGAAGAAAACGAUGAGAACUGCGAACAUGUUAACAAUUCCGGAACAAGCGCACGAAGUCCAAAGAAAGAAGAAUCUAAGAUGUUCAUGUCGAAAAGUGUAUCUUCAACAACAAACACGAAUAUUCUGACUGAGAGAAACAGCGCUUCCGACACCUUCUUCGAGAUUAACCCUCAAUUAAAACCCUCACUGGGUCUCACCGAUUUCGAAUCCUCUCGUCAAAUAAUCACACCUCACUCGAUAGGAACACGGUCACUGGUCGAUAACAGUUCACUCGGCUCUCAUUUUCCUUCUUCGGCUCCUUAUGAUCCUGCGACCAACUACACGUCCCCAAGGCCCGAAUUCCUCCGCUACAAUCCAAACAGGAAAAGGGAAAUCCUUUCGUUCAUAGAGCAAGAGAUGGAGGAAGAACUAGAAUACAGGUUCCGCUCGAGUUCUUCGUCUGAUACUGAGAAGCUCAACACAAAGGGAUCAUCUUCACAUUCAUCGGUUUCUUGCCAAUUAAAUUUACACAACGAAGAAUUUAUAAUUGCUGAUGAAGAUGAUAGUGAUGUUGAAGAUAAUGAGAUUGAAGAGAAGGAAAGGUACACCGGGCUAGCAUGGAAGUUGUUUCUUCUAUUUGGGGUUUUAGCAUCUUCAUUUUGUUACAUAUCUUCCAUGAAUUCGAUUGCCGAUACUUAUUCACUAGAAUUAGGAGUAAUAGGAAGAAAUCUCAAGAAUACAAGGGAUUGGGCAUUUCCCAGGAAAGCGUACAUUGGGGCCAUGUUGGGCUUCUCAAAUGUGUGCUUACAUGCAAGUCUUAGUGAAUUUACGUGCCGAAUUGAUGGUAAUCUUAAUGAAGGGAAUGACUAUGAAAGGAAGGAAUUGAAAGGAAUACAACACGUAGAGAGUUUGUUCAGAUCAAAGAGCAACAACGUGAAUGAAGCCGAAAAUGAAAGGGAUGAAAUUAUUAAGGAUGAAACACUCGGUGAUGCUCACUCAGUGGCUGAAGGAAAGGUCGGGGAGACUGGUUAUGUUAAUGACAGCAUUGCUCCAGGAAGAAGCACAUUUGAAUCCGGAGAUGAAAACGGCGAUAGUGACGCAUCUUAUAAUGUGAUAACGGACGAAUCUUUUCAAGCUGCGCCAAUUGAGGUAGCUUCUUUGAACUGGACAGUUGAUGAAGAAGCACGACCGGAUCUCAUUACAUUGGAAGUAGAUGAAACUUCUCUGGACGAUUAGAAGAAUGAACAAACGAAAAUGCGAGCCAACUUCUUGGUUGGAUUAGGACGGCCGAGAUAUGUGCCAUAUUUGAUAUUUCUUUUGACGUCUUUGUCGAUGAUAAUUGGUUUGAGUACUUUGUACAAGCACUUCCGAAGGUGUAAUAAGAUCUCUUCUCCUGCCUCUUUUCCGUCUCCGUCGCCACCUGCCUCUGAAUUUAAGGAAACUAAGAUUGGUUCGGAAGUUUUUGCGAAGGCUAAAACAGCUGACAAUGCUAGUGAUUUAGAUGUCGAGCGCAAGCGUUCAGAGACUUCUGCGAAGGGAUACAUGGAUUUGAAUGGGGCUCGGCCACCAAAAGUCGAAUUAUUAGGGGAAUUCGCACUUACAGGUGCAACUUCCUCGAAAACAAGUUCUGUUCAAAGAUUGCAGAGAAGAGGAGCUGAUUCUUCUGCAGAAUCUCCGCUCUCUCAGAAAAGAAGCUCAGCAAGGAAUAACACUUUGAACGAAUCAUCAGCAUCAGCGGAGUCCAAUACAAGUAAGAGCUCUAGUGUUCCGAAGACGCAGAGGAAAGAGGCAAGAGAGAGGGGAGAUAUUGCUAAGAUGGAGACCGCCACCACUCCUUUGAGGCGAUCGAGCCGGCUCCGCAAUCGGGUCAAUACCUCUCCUUGAGCUGCAGAAGAUGUCAUGGUUUCUAUCUAGAUUUUGACGUUCUUCUCCGAUGAGCCGGAUACGGAAACAGCUUCCUGUUGUUCCAAAUUUUGGUCUAGGCAUUUCCUCUGACAUAGGAUGAUGUAAGAAGUGAAAGUUCAGUAAUGUUGUUGUAUUAGCUGCUUGAUUUUCAUAAGCUUCGCUAAGUUGUGCACAUCCAUCUAAUCAAAAAAAAAAAAACAUCUAUCUAAUUAUUGUGGACAAUUUGAUGCACUCUACAUCCUUAAUGUGCAUGAGAAUAAAUAUUCAUUUAUCUCAAAUUUCAAAAGAAUUUGAUGGAAAUCCAAAUCAAAUCACCACCUAGUGAACCUGAGUAUAUGAGCAUUCAACCGGUUUAUAAUCAUAUCCUAAUUAAUAAACUCACAUUCAUAUUCAUAAUUACUAUUAUUAUGCAAAAUAAUCCGUACGUGGCAUACGAAAAUUAGAUACAACCCUCAAAAGAUGAAAUGGCCUCACUAUAAAUCAAAUAAAAUAUGAAACCAAAAUUAAAAACAAAAAAACAAAA